AUGUUAUCUUGAGAAGGGCCCCCUUUUCACCUGCACCGUAGGCAGACCUCUUUGGGACCAGGUAAGGGUGGAGCCAUCGAUGGGACCAAAUUCAGAAGGUGAUCUUCCUCCCAAGCACCCUCCUCCUCUGAAGUAUUGACGUGAAGCUGCCCAGCCCCUGGAGCCUCUUUCCUGCCAUUGACCUGAGCUUAUAUUUUGGUUUUCUAGGGGACUAAUGAAUCUUAACUGGGGUAGCAUCUUCUAGUUCACGGCCUCUGAAGAGAUUUAAUGAGCCAUGCAUCACUCAUGCAUUCAACAAUGCUUCCUCUGGAGAGGCAGCUCCACGAGGCCGCGCGCCGGAACGACACUGGGAGGCUGCAGGAGCUGAUCGGGAGGAGGGUUAACGUCAGGGCCAGAAACCACGUGGGCAGGGUGGCCCUGCACUGGGCCGCGGGCGCCGGGCAUGAGCAGGCCGUGCGGCUGCUCCUGGAGCACGAGGCUGCUGUGGACGAGGAGGAUGUGUUUGGGAUGAACGCGCUUCUCCUGUCUGCCUGGUUCGGCCACUUGCGGAUCCUCCAGAUCCUGGUCAACUCCGGGGCCAAGAUCCACUGUGAGAACAAGGACGGCCUGACCUUACUGCACUGCGCAGCCCAAGGAGGCCACGUGCCAGUGCUGGCGUUCAUAAUGGAGGACCUGGAGGAUGUGGCCCUGGACCAGGCAGACAAGCUGGGAAGGACGGCAUUUCACAGGGCAGCUGAGCACGGGCAGCUGGACGCUCUGGACUUCCUCGUGGGCUCUGGCUGUGACCACAGCAUCAAAGACAAGGAGGGGAACACGGCCCUUCACCUGGCUGCCGGCCGGGGCCACGUGGCCGUGCUGCAGCAGCUGGUGGACUUUGGGCUGGACCUGGAGGAGCGGAACGCGGAAGGCCUGACCGCCCUGCACGCUGCCGCCGAAGGGACCCACCCCGACUGUGUGCAGCUCCUGCUCGGGGCUGGGAGCAGCGUGGACGCGCUCACCCAGAAAAAGCUGAGCUGCCUCCACUACGCGGCCCUCGGUGGCUCCGAGGACGUGUCCCGGGCCCUCAUCCUCGCAGGAGGCUGCACCAACGUGGCAGAUCACCAGGGCGCCUCUCCUCUGCACCUCGCUGUGAGGCACAACUUCCCCGCCUUGGUCAAGCUCUUCAUCAACGCCCACAGUGACCUGGAUGCCACCGACAAUAGGCAGCAGACGCCCCUGCACCUGGCCGCUGAGCACGCCUGGCAGGACAUAGCAGAGAUGCUCCUUGUCGCUGGGGUUGACUUAACCCUGACAGAUAAGCAAGGGAAGACCGCGCUGGCAGUGGCCGCCCGCAGCAACCAUGUCAGCCUGGUGGACAUGAUCAUUAAAGCUGAUCGUUUCUACAGAUGGGAGAAGGACCACCUCUCAUGUAGGGACUCCAGUGACCCCUCUGGGAAGAGCUUGACCUUUAAGCAGGACCAUCGGCCGGAAACACAGCAGCUCCGUUCCGUGCUGUGGCAGCUGGCCUCCAGGCGUCUGCGGCGCGGCGAGUGGAAGAAGCUCGCAUGUACCUGGGGGUUCACUGAGGCCCACAUCUGCGCCAUCGAGCAACAGUGGACAGGCACCAGGAGCUACCAGGAGCACGGCCACCGGAUGCUGCUCAUUUGGCUGCAUGGUGUGGCCAUGGCUGGUGAGAACCCCAGCAAAGCGCUGUUCGAGGGCCUCGUGGCCAUUGGCAGAAGGGACCUGGCUGAAAGCAUCAGGAAGAAAGCAAAUGCAGACCCACCUGCCCCCAGGAGGUGCACAGCCAUGUAACUGGAGAUGCUGGACCUUCAGGCACAUGGGACGUGGGAGUGUGGGGCCACCUGGAUAGAAGAUGAUCACCAUUUAAGAGAUUAAAAAAAAAAAUCACUGUUAACAGACCUCCAGCUGCUUCUACUGAAGCGCACAGUCAUGCAGAGACCAGCAGGCAGCGCGUGUACAGUAAUCUCCACGAGGGGCCUGUUUCAGGGUUUGUAGUGGGUAAUCCCAUCCCACGGGGAUGGGCCUUCCCUGCUCUCUGCUCACUUUCACCUCCUUCCUCUUGAGCCUCAUAGCCGUCCCUGGAGGUGCAAGGGCAUCUUUACAGAUAGGACACUGAGGCCCAGGGAGGAGAUGCAGCUGCCCAGUUCGCACAGCUAAUCAGCUGGUGGGGUCAGGGGCCAAACCUGGCAUUCCUCCCACCCUGAACGGGCUCGUGUGUCACUUACUAAUGGACUGCCCGUAACUGCCUGCUGGUUUGUAAGAAUGUCAUGCUUACUCCACGGCCUUUUAUUUACAAGCUAAUUUGUACACUUUGACAGUUCCAGGAGGCUUGCACUCUCAUUUUUUCCCUCUUGUUUUAUCAUUUUUAAAAGUUAAAAAACUUUUUGUUUUGAAAUCAUUUCAGACAUACAAAAAAGUUGCAGAAACGGUACAAAGAGUUUCCAAAUACUCUUCACACAGCUUUCCCAAAUACUAACAUCUUAUGUAACUACAGUAUAAUUUUCAAAACCAGGAAAUUCACACUGAUAAUGUUAACUAAUCUUCCGAUCUUAUGCAAAUUUUGCCAGUUGAGCUAUUCAUGUCCUUUUUCUGGCCCAGGAUCCAGUCCAAGACCACAGAUUGCAUUUAGUUGCCAUUUUUCUUGUUUUUAAUAGACUCGCAUGAAGGGUCGCCUCUCUGGAGCAGCACCAUGUGAUGGAACUUUCUGCAACAGCAGGAACUUUCCGUUUUCUGCACCGGAGUCCACUAGAGUAGCCACGAGCUGCCUGGAGCUAUUGAGCACUUGAAAUGUGGCUAGAGGGAAUAGAAACUUUUCAUUUUAUUUAAUCUUAAUUAUCUGAAAUUUCAUCUGGCACCUUUGGCAAGUGGCAACCGCAUUGGACGGCACAGCCAGCCUGACCCUCGGCUUUCAGGUGCUAGGCGAGCACGGCUUGUGGGGGUUGGCCGAUCAGCAGGAGGGUGUGUUCCCAGGGAAAUGUGGCUCUGGACGCUCCACGGUUUCCCAGAAUGUGGGGAGUGUAUCUGUGCAGGACAACCUAGAAGUUCGGCCUGGACGCUGUUUCUGUCUAAUUUGAGCUCUCCUGCCUGUGGCACGGCUGGCUGUGGCCAGCUUAGCAGCCCACAUCUUAGAGAAGCUGCCCUCAAAGUUCUCCACUGGGCCUGAGACUGGAAAGGAGGUAGAAGCGAAAUUGAGCUGCCGCCCGUGGCUGGUGGGGUUCACGGUGGUACAAUCUCUGAAGAGCCAAAUUACACAUACCUUUACUCAUUGGUCUAGCAAUCCCACCUCUAGAAACUUAUCCUACAGAUAUACCUGUACGUGUACAAAAUGACAGAUAUAUGAGGUUAUUUAUUAUUGCAUUAUUUGAAAAAACAAGAGGAAAAGAUUGGACAUCUACAAUGUCCAAGUGACCAUCUACAGGGGACUGGUGAGAUAGGGUAUAGUCCACCCACACAAUGGAAUACUAUUCAGCAGUGAAAAAGAAUGAGGGCGCUUUCCACGUGUCGUUCUGGAAAGAGGUCCAGGAUAAAUGAAGUAAAAAAUAAAUCAAGGUAUAGAUCAGUGUAUAUAGUAUGAUACUAAUUAUAUAAGGAAAAAAGGAAAUAAGACAAUAUGUUUGCUUAUAUUUGCAUAAGUAAAACUAGACGAAGGCUAAGACACCAAGUGGCCUCCCUGGGGAAGGAGGAUAGCAGGGGGCAGUGGGACUGGGACCCGGCGGGGGAGAGAGCGCUCAGUGGUACCUUUUUAUGCUGUUUUCAGUUUUGAAAUGUGUAAGUGUAUUACUGAUUCAAUACUAAAAGGAUAUGACAUUCUGGAACAGGCAAAACUGUACAGACAGUAACAAAAGAUCAGAGGUAGCCAGGGGCUGUGGGCAGUGAGGGGGAGGGAGGGAUGAAGAGGUCCGGGUGGACUUUUAGGGCAGUGGACUGUUCUGAACAAUACCGUAGCGUGAUACUGUUCUGAACAAUACUGGAUCCGUGAUACUGCAGUUAGUCAAAACCCACAGAAUGAGGCCAGGCGCUGUGGCUCACGCCUGUAAUCCUAGCUCUUGGGAGGCCGA